AUGCAAAGCGCGUUUUAUACCCCGCCCCGGCCGGGUCCCUCCUCUGCUCCCAAAAUAUCCGCGGGCAGUCCUCCUCCUCUGCUGUUCGCCACCCCCAGUCCCCGAGCAUCGACCAAACCCAGUGUCCCUCGUUUCAUCGCACCUUCCGCGCAGCAGGGGAGUACCCGAGCCUAUCUCGCCUUCCCACCCAACUCUCCCCCGAUACGGCUGCCGUCCGCCGCGCCUCACACACCACCCCGCAUCUCGGCUUCGGCCCCAGCCCCAAGCCCAGUUUUCGCGAGCCCCAUCGACAACCACGCGCGCGAACGCGAAAAAGCGGCAGACGACGCGUUCGCAGCGGCCGAGGCGCACCGUGCCGCGCUGCACCGCACGCGCAUGGAGCGCGCGAACGCGGAGGCGCUCAAGGGGGAGAUCGACUGGGUGCGCUCGGGCGGCGUCCUGCGCGACGCGGAGGGCAACCGCGACUAUGCGCGCACGGAGACCAUCCGCGAGGAGCUGCGCGUCGCGGCGGUGGAGAAGGCGGUGACGGAGCGGUGGGAUGCGUACGAGGGUCGGUGGGCGGCGCUCAGGGGCGCCAAUGCUGCUGUUGCUGCUGCUUCUCACGAUCAAGGGACGGCGAUGCGGUUCGCGGACGUUCCGUGGCCCAUUGCUUCGGAUGGCCCGAGACCUGUCGGGGUUGGCGACUUGACCACGGAGAAGAUCGAGGAGUUCCUGUUCGCGUCUCUCAAAGUGCGGGGAGCGACCGUGACGAAGAAGGAGCGCAUACGCAGCUCGUUGCUGAGGUGGCACCCCGACAAGAUGACGGCAAUCCUGUCGAGGGUCGCAGAUGAAGAUGCAGAGAUCGUGCGGUCUGGGAUCCAUGCUGUCGUCCUGUGUCUGCACCAGCUGAACGCCGCCAAUGAGGCGGUUUCGUGA